AUGCUCACUGAAAUCCUUCCUGUUCCAAAUGGAGGAAGCAAAUUGAACCUGAUGGCGAAAGCGCUGUAUGACAACGUCCCAGAGUCCGCGGAGGAGCUGGCGUUCCGCAAAGGGGACAUCCUGACGGUGAUGGAGCAGAACACAGGCGGGCUUGAGGGCUGGUGGCUCUGCUCUCUGCACGGGCGCCAAGGCAUCGCUCCGGGGAACAGGCUGAAACUGUUGAUCGGGCCCAUGUUCCAGGCAAGUGCACCCCCCUUCCCUGCCUCUCCACACUCCACCAGCGGGGGCAGCAGUGCGCACACACAGGCCAGCAGUCCUCAAAGCCAAGCUCAGGGCUCCGCAGCGGCUGCCUUGUACCAGGUUCCACCGCGGCCUUUGGACAACACUCCAAACAAGGUGGUGACUCCUGCCCGCGUGGGACAGUCCUACAGCUUUGGCCAAUCACAGAGUUGCGACCUGUACGACGUCCCGCCUUCCCGAGUGUAUGACGUUCCUCCAGGCCACAUGCUGAGCUCUCCGUACCCAGCACAGAGCCGCUCCACUGGGAACAGUCUGUACGAUGUGCCCCCCUGUCAGCUGGAGCCUCCAGUGAGAGAGGGGGUGUAUGACGUCCCCCCACCAGCCCACGGGGUCUACGCUGCGCCUUCUUGCAGAACUGCCUCCAACCACCAGGAUGUCAACUACGACUUCCCGCAACCACUGAAGUGUGCACGUGCGGAAGGUAUCUACGACGUGCCGCCUGCAGCUCUUACCAAACCCACGCAGAUUUCCUCCCUGUGCGCGUACGAUCAACCCCCCGCCACCACAGGCUCUGCGCACUCCCAACACUCACCGGCCAACAACAACAAUCAUGGCAUCUAUGACGUGCCACCUCCCGCUCUGCCCAGUGGUGGAUCCGCAGACAUUUACGACGUCCCCAGGGGCAGCGCCGCGGCCCGCAGCUCCCCAAUUGACAGCAGAGGAAUAUACAACGUCCCGGUUGAUGUCAGCGACGGCGUGAACAGACUGUCCUUCUCCAGCACUGGGAGCACGCGAAGCAGUAUGUCAACGUCAUCGUCCUCCACCGGGUCCACAGAGGGGAGACUAGGGCUGGACCUGGACAGCGCUCUACAAAAACUGCACCGCCUGCAGCAGAGCGUGGAGGUGGCCGCGGGGAGUCUUCAUGCCACCGCAGCGUCCCCGCACUGGCGGACGUACACGUUCAUGGAGCGACACAGCAACGAGGUGCGGGUGGUCAUGGACAGAGUGAGAGCGGCCGUCGCAGACUUUGUGGUGUUUGGAAGAGGUGCUGCAGUGAAUGCGGCCGCGCUGUCCGACUGCGGCCUGCACAGUAAGCUCCGCCGGCAGCUGGCGCGGCUGGAGGACUCACAGCAGAUCCUGAUCCAGAUUUAUCAGGUUCUAGACAACAGUAGAUGGGCGAUCCACACGCUUGUGGCACAGAAUUUGGGGCGCCAUAACAAAACGGACGACGUGGACCGCUUCGUGAUGGUGGCCAGGACGGUGCCGGACGAUGCAAAGCAGCUAGCGUCCACGAUAAGCAGCAACGCAGAGCUGCUGUUCCGGAGGUCGCACACAGAGGGGGGGAGCGUGCAGGAGACGCACCCCGCUUUGAGCUCCCCUCCCACGGACAAUGAGAGCUUCGGGAAGCCCUUCACCCACACCGGUCUGCAGGACAAAGACAACAUGAACCACAGUGAGAAGUGCGUUAAGAGCUGGAUGGAGGACUACGACUACGUCCACCUACAGGGCAAAGAGGAGUUUGAGCGGCAGCAAAGAGUUCUGCUGGAGAAGGAGAACAUUGUGAAACAGAACCAGGAGCAGCUGAGACCAGAGCAGAUAAAUCAGUUCAAGCGUCUGGAGCAGGAGGUGAGCAAACCUGUGGAGAAUGACAUCUCCACGUGGAUCUCGCAACAGCAGCGUAUCGACCCUGCGGCCGAGCCUCAGCCCACGCCCUCGGGCCUGCAGCCGGCCCAGCCCAACCCUCGUGACCGCCAACUGCUGCGCUUCUACUCAGAGCAGUGCGGGCAGCACUUCUCCACAUUGCUGGAUGCGCUGGACGCCUUCUUCUGCUGCGUCAGCGCGGGCCAGCCUCCGCGCAUCUUUGUGGCGCACAGCAAGUUUGUGAUCCUGAGUGCGCACAAGCUGGUGUUUAUUGGGGACACGCUCUCCCGCCAGGUGGCUGCGCCCGAGCUGGCCAACCGUGUGAUGAACGCCAGCAAUGUGCUUUGCGACCUAUUGAAGACUGUGGUGGCGGCCACAAAGGCGGCCGCACUGAGCUACCCAAGCACCGCGGGCGUGCAGGAGAUGGUGGAUCGCGUCACGGAGCUGUCACAGCACUCUCAGUGCUUCAAGGAGCAGCUGCUGCACUUGGCAGAGCCUUGA